UUUGGGAUCUGGGUUUUAAAAAAUCCUGAAUUAUAUUUUUUGUUUGCCAUUUAUGUCCCUGGCCGUGAUGUACGGACAGAAAGAAAAAGGGAACCGCCGCCGGCGAGAUAUCCCAAUGGCAGCAGUGGUGUUAAGAAGAAACAUGGAGGCAAAACAAGAAGUGACAUCCAGCCCUCAAACCUGUUGAUGCCAGGGAUGACUCCAAAACUGCUGGGAAGGGAAGAAAAAGAGUCGUCGGCUGGCAAUAGCACUACAGACAACAAAUUUCGCAAUGAUUAUGGUGAGCUCUUUGGCACUCGAUGAUUUGGGUUGAUGUCAGUUCAAAUCUGCGGCUGGACUCCUUUUGCAGUAGUGGGUCUACAAAUUUUUUGUCUCUUUGCUGGGUAUUUUUGAACUAGAAUGUUUGUACUGGGUGAAGGAAAAGAAGUGGAAAGGAGGUUUCUAGUCUCUCUCUGUGUGUGUCUGAUAAGAAAAGAAGAAGUGGACAGAAGUCCUCCGUUUCUCUUUGUUGUCUUUCUGUUAGGAAAAGAAAGGAAAGAGAGGAG